AUUAGUCGAGGAGGUAUAACGCGAGUUCGACGUCCGGAGAGUGCUGCACGGUGUUGCAUUGCGUCGUUUUUCUUUGUACCAACUGCAAAACCACAAGGUUAUUUAGCGUUCGUACUCGACGUUUCUUGUCCAGGUCGCUCGUUUGUGAUUCGACCGACUUGUUGUGGUGCCUUCUUCUUUCACUUGCUGGAGAUGAAGACGAGGGUGUGGAGAUUUCUGGCCGCUUUGACGGCGUGCGUCGUGCUCCGCACGGGAGUGGACGGUAACAACAAUCAGGCACCCAAGAUUGUCGAAGCGCCGAGAGACACGUUCGAGCUCGAAGGGAGAGAAGCCGAGUUGAGGUGUCGCACCAUUGGCAAACCGCCUCCCAAAGUCCAAUGGAAGAAGAACAACCACUGGUUGAAGUGGCUGAACUUGUGCGACAGCAAAGACGAGAGACUGUGCAUCAGACCGGAUGGCACUCUGGUCAUCAAGGACGCUAUCAUUCAAGACAGCGGUGAAUACAGCUGCAGAGCCAAGAAUCACAUGGGCAAAGUAGAGAGUGAAACCAUCUACUUCGGUGUUCAACACAGAGACUCCAGGCCGCCACAGUUUUUGAACGGCGGCCCGGAUGAUGUAAACAUACGAAGCAAUAUGCUUGGUGGAACCGUCACAGUCAAAUGUGAGGCGGCCGGCAAUGGACAUUUGACAUUCAGUUGGACGAAAGAGUCCGGCGACAAGAAGCUACCUGAAGACCGAGCGUAUGAGACCGAAGACCACAGCUUGGUGAUUGAACAUUUCGAGAUGUCGGAUGCCGGAUAUUAUGCUUGUACGGUCACGAACGAGCAUGGCUGGACGAGCAAGAUGAUCAGUGUAUCUCUCGUCGCCGAACAUAGUCACGUACCCACCAAGCCACCGCCGCUGACCGAUCCUCCACUCAAGAUCACAAAGUUCCCUGAGGAUCAGACUGUUUACGUGGGCGACCAGGUGAUGUUUGAUUGUGAGAUUCAAGGGCCGAUAGAUACGGCCUUGUUGUGGUAUGAUGGAAUCGUGAAGGCGGACGGUCCGGAUCAACCGGGCGUUCUCAUUGGGUCGCGUCCCGAUGGCGAAGGCGAAGCUCUUCUUACAAAAGAUCGACGCGUUUUUAUAUAUGAGAAUGGAACGCUUAGUAUCACUAAUGUUACGCUGAAAGACGACAAACGAAGCUUUGUUUGUCAGGGUUACAGUGGCACUGCUGGACUGAUCAGUUCGUCGGCGACUCUGACAGUAAAUGUUCUUCCGACCAAGCCAAGCAGACCAGGACUCGACAGUGAUGCUUCUGGUCUACCUACACCGUCCGUACGACCGCCGCUUGUUCAGAUCGAUGGAGAGCCUGACAAGGUACCAACCAUUCUCUCAGCCAGUCCUCUCAGUUCCACUGAAAUCAAAGUCACUUGGACCUAUCCCGACCAAUUGUCCAGCCAUCGAGCCACAGGCUACUACAUUUCAUACGACUUUCUAACAAAUCCACAAGGUGUAAAGACACAGACGGUCACCGGAGGUCACGUGUUGUCACACGUGGUCGUGGGUCUCGAUCCCUACACGCAGUACAACAUUCGUGUGUUCCCGUUCAACGACGAGGGUCAAGGCCCCGCGUCGGACUUCAUGUCAGCAAGCACAUCGAAAGGAGCUCCCGGACAAAGUCCAUCAAAUGUAGAAGUCGAAGUCAAGGAUGACAAAGGCACCGUCGUCGUUUCAUGGACUCCCGUUGCCGUAGCGGAUCAGAACGGCGGCCUCUCGGGAUACAAAAUUGUCUACUCGUGUGGCAACUCGGGAGAAACAACAACGGAAGUCCCCGCCCAUGAAUCGAGCAAAGAGAUCAGACUGAAGCCUGGCGACAACUGCACGGUGUCUGUGUGGGCGUACAACGACGAGGGAAGCAUGCAGUCGGACAAUGAAGCAUUUAUCGUCGAAUCGUCGAGCGACGAUCCGUUCACGAAGUCGACGCAGUUCAUCAUCAUUGUGAUCAUUCUCAGUAUCACGUUGAUCGCUAUUAUCAUCAUGGUCGUUGCAUGUGUUGUGCAUCACCGACGUUCAGACACGAUGGUUGUGAACAAAGCCGAUCUCGGACAGAGACCGGAUCCUGCAGGCGCUCGAACGAGCAUCGCCGACAUGGAGGAGAUGGUUUUCAACGAGGGCGGAAACAUGUCCGGCACGUCAACCACUAGAACGCCACGCGGCUACUUCCCUGCUCCACCGGCUCGUCCUGCUCCUACUCCAACUCUCGUCUCGUCAACAAGCAUGCAGCAAGCAAUGAACUGCAGCACGCCGAUUACGACCGAACUCUACUACGAAUCAAAAGGCUCAAUGGGUCACCUCGAGUAUGCCUAUGCAUCCGAAGGUCCUCACCUGGAAGACAUUGCUCCGCCCAUUCCGAAUCGACGUCCCGUUUUCCGACCCGGGAAUUCUCGUAAGGGGAGCUUUGAUCUACAUGAAGGCAUGAUGACGUAUGGAACUGAUGGACACAUUGAUGAGGCCGGAUUUGAUCCUAGUGAUGACACGCGUCGCUCGAUUCGUUCGUAUGAACUUGAGUACGGCAAAAACGGCAUGCCAUACAGGAAGGGUGGACGAGAACAUCCUAUUCCACCCAAGAUGAACAAUUCAACACUCGCCAGUCGAAACCUCGACGUCAGGCCAAUCGGUCGACAAAGUGAGCUCUGAUGAAAUAUCAUCUAGCGAUGACUUGUUCGUUUCUCGACGAUAUUGUACAGUUAAUAUCAACUUUCUUGUGGAAAAGUGGAUUUUUAAUUGAUUCUUAAGCUAACAGAGAGUAACGAAACGUUUGUUUAGAGACACUAUUUAUAGAGUAGGUUGAGCAAGAGAUUAUUUGAAUUGGGACGUGUAGAUACCGAUGGCAUAUAUUUUAUGGAGUUGCUUUAGAAACAGGAAGAGUUUGAGACACGUUGA